AUGACUAAUUAUCAAAGCCAGCCAAUGCACUCUGCUUCAUCUACACCACCACAACACAGACCGCUAUAUCCACCUUCAACAGCGUAUAAUUCUUAUCAAUCUGCACCACCUCCGCCUUUACUCUCUCAACCAUAUAAUCCCACUCCGAUGUUUCCAUCACAAUCGACACAACCAUACACCACACCACCUAUGCCUGUUGUUCAGGAUAAGACGGGUACUUACAAUAGUGAAAUGAUUGAUUUAUUAAAAGCAAAAAGCGUUGUUAGUAAUUAUGCUGAAGAGGCUCCAACAUCCCCGCUAUUAUCAGACGAAAAUCAGCAAAUGAAUGCCAGUCCCGAUGUAAUGCGAUCCACUCUCAACGUUAUACCACAGACCAAAGAACUUUUAAAUAAAAGUCGUCUACCAUUUGGGAUACUAAUUCAUCCAUUUAAAGAUCUAGAGAGUUUAAGUGUUAUUCAAGGAAUGAAAAUUGUUCGUUGUGACUCCUGUAAAUCUUAUAUAAAUCCAUUUAUCAGUUUUAUCGAUAAUACACGUUGGCGAUGUAGUAUUUGCUCUCGUGUCAAUGAUUUACCACAAGAAUUUUUAUUUGAUCCAGUAACAAAAACAUACGGUGAUCCAUCUCGACGACCAGAAGUUCGAUUUGGUACAGUAGAAUAUACGGCGACAGCUGAUUAUAUGGCUCGACCACCACAGCCUGCUAUGUAUCUUUUUCUAUUGGAUGUUUCUCAUAACGCUAUAGAAACAGGAUAUUUGCAAUCAUUUUGCGAUGUUUUAUCCGAGAGUCUUAGCGUAUUACCUGGCGAUGCGCGUACACAAAUUGGUUUUUUAACCUAUGAUAGUCGUUUACAUUUUUAUGAUUUAUCUGAAAGACAGAAUGGAACAUUUCGAAUGAUGAUUGCACCAGAUUUAGAGAAUAUUGAUAAUGAUUUUCUUCCAUUACCGGAUGGUCUAAUGGUGACAUUGGGCGAAAAUCGUACAACUGUAGAAACUUUUUUAAAUGAAUUGCCAAAAGUAUUCAAAGAAAAUAAUGAGACAGAUUCGGCACUGGGAGCCGCGUUACAAAUAGCUCUUAAACUAUUGGGUCCGACGGGUGGUCGAGUUACUGUUGUUCAAACAAGAAUACCAAAUGUAAAUCCAGGUAGUUUACAAGCGCAACACAGUCAGGAUAGUGGAAAAGAGCCAGUGAAUGUUGCACCAACGUCAGAUUAUUAUAAGAAGAUGUCAUUGGACUAUGCAUCACAACAGAUUGCAUGCGAUUUAUUUUUAUUAAAUAGUCAUUAUGUCGAUUUAGCAACAUUAAGUAAGAUAAUCGGUCAUUAG